UCUCUCUCUCUCUUCAGAUAUUGUAUGUCUACAAAGAUUAUUUUGAGCAUAUCCAGGGUUUGUUUGUCAGUUCGAAAAAGCUUGAGAAAUCUCCGAGAGAAAUAUGGCAGGAAAUUAAAGAGAAUCAUUACGCCAAUGGAACCUUGGAACCACAUAUUUUGCCUUGGCCUCGUAAAGUCGGAUUUCUUGUGGGGUCUUGCCUUAUCGAUAUCAUAUUGUCCACUCUUAAGCUGCCCAAAGAUGCUGCUGCUUAUAAAACUGAUGAUGAAAGUGUUGGUGAGUUUGCGUUCAAGCACACCUAUAUCCAAGUUAAAGAAAGAAAACAUGGUCACGUAGCAGUUCAAUAUUCACUGUACAGAAUGUACACUAGAUUAAGGAAUAAAGCAGCUGCUAUGUCCUUUAAUAUGGACUCGUCUGAAAUACCAAUGAGGGUACCACCUCAGCCUUGGACUGAUGCUACUAAUGGAGCAUUUUUAUUGACACCUUCUUCUGUGGUUCGUACACAUUAUGACUCAUUCCACCAGCAGCUGCUACUAAAAGCAGCUGACAGCUUGUCACCAGUUCUGGACUCACUGAACUAUCUCAGUUUGUAUCCCUGGAGGGUUAAUAAUAGAAUUUUAGACAUGGCCAUUGACAUAUUUAAUCAAGGAGGCGACAAGAGUCUUGAUAUCCCGACUGACGAACUAUUUGAUAAACCUUUACCAAAAUACAUCAAGGAUAUUGAUGAAGAGACAAGGAAAAAAAUUUAUAAAGAGAGGUUCGCUAUUAAAAAAGAAAACGCAGAGAAUUUCUCUUUGAAAAUGACUUUACUCUACAACCUGUCUAUGUGCAAUCAUUUCCGUGACUGUCUGUUCUGGUUACCUCACAACAUGGACUUCAGAGGACGAGUGUAUCCCAUACCACCUCAUCUCAGUCACAUGUCUAGUGAUCUUAGUCGUUCUCUACUUCAGUUUGGUGUUGGGCAGCCUCUUGGUAGAAGAGGGUUAGAGUGGCUUAAGAUUCACAUAGCAACUUUACAUGGAGCAAAAAGCAAGAGUUCGUUAAAUGAGAGGCUGGAGUAUACUGAUAGUAUUAUUGAUGAUAUUGCUGACUCAGCAGACAAACCUUUAGAAGGCAGAGGUUGGUGGAGAACAGCUGAUGUUCCUUGGCAAACACUAGCAGCUAGUAUGGAACUAAUGGACGCCUUGAGAUCUGGUGACCCUGAGAACUUUAUAUCUCAUACGACCAUCCAUCAGGAUGGAUCUUGUAAUGGCCUCCAGCAUUACGCUGCUAUGGGUAGGGACGUGUACGGAGCUCAUCAAGUUAAUCUGGUUCCUUCCGAGAAACCAGCUAACCUUUACGCUGAAGUAGCAAAACUUGUUGAUGAAAAGAGAAAGGUCGACGCUACGUCUGACAAAAAUGUUGAAAUUGCUAAAAUAUUGGAAGGAAAAGUUCACCGCAAAGUUGUGAAACAAACCGUCAUGACUGUUGUUUAUGGCGUUACCUUUGUAGGAGGAAGAUUACAAAUUGAAAAACAGCUAAAGGGUACUAUACCUGAUAAGCACUUGUUCGAAGCCAGCAGCUACCUCUGUGGACUUGUGUUCGAGAGUCUCAGCGAAAUGUUUGAAAGAUCCAGAAAAAUACAAGAUUGGCUGGCUAGUUCCGCUAGAAAGAUAGCACUUGCUGGUCACCCAACGCAAUGGGUAACACCCAUCGGCCUGCCUGUGGUACAACCUUAUCACAGAAAAUCAAUCAAGAAGAUCACUAGCAAGAUCCAGCGUCUGCAGUUAUUAAAUAAUUCCGAUAUCACUUUUCCACCAAAUCCGGUCAAACAGAGAAGUGCCAUGCCACCUAAUUUCGUCCAUUCACUUGAUUCAACUCACAUGAUGCUGACUGCCCUAGACUGCCAGAAGUCUGGUAUUCCAUUUGUGGCAGUCCAUGACAGCUACUGGGCUCAUGGCCGUAAUAUUGAUGAAAUGAAUAAAUUUUGUAGAGAGCAAUUUGUUGCUCUACACAGUCAACCAAUUCUAAAGGAUCUUGCAAAUUUCUUUGAAGACAAUUUUGGAGGAUUACCGUACAAAACAAAUAAAGAAGGAAAAAUGGUCACGUCAUUUUUAAAGGAAUUACCUUCACAAGGAGAACUGGAUUUAAACUGCAUCAAAGAUUCAACUUAUUUUUUCAGUUAAAUUUAUAUUAUUUAUUAUUCUUAUAUUAUUAUUAUUAUUAUUAUUAUUAUUUUAUUAUUAUUAAAUUAGUCGUUCAAAUUUUUGUCGCAUUAUUUUACAUUAUCACUUCCACCUGUAAAUUUGUGUUGCCACGGUUACUAGGCGCGAACGAUUGAGGUUGAGAAGGAGUGAUGGCAACUACUGAUUCUUUGAUAUCUUUAGAGUACAUCAACCUCUCUGAUGUAUUGCGACACUUGAAGCAUUAUAUGUACAGGAUCAGGAGGGAGAAUGGGUUUGAUUUGUCUGGUCC